AUGAAUAAAUUUUUAUUGAUUACUCUAUUGUUAUUAUGUAUCUCUGCAAGAAGAUUCCAUAAACAGGAUGAAGAUAAUGGACCAGGAUAAAAUGGUGAGGAAGAUUAACCAUAAAGCUCUAACGGAGAAGAUUCAUAAGGAGGAGAAGACAGCAGUUAACCAUAAGAUGAUUGGCCCACUGGAGAGGAUGAUGGAGAGCAUAAAUGGUCAAGUGACGGAGAGGAAAAUAGUGGAGAAGGAGAAGAGAGUGAAGGAAGUGGAGAAGGUAGUGAAGAAGGUUAAAGCCAAGGAGAAGGUGAAAGUGAAGGAGAAGGCCAAGGAGAAGGUGAAAGCGAAGGAGAAGGCCAAGGUGAAAGCGAAGGCGAAGGAGAAGGUGAAGGAGAAGGUGAAAGCGAAGGCGAAGGCGAAGGCGAAGGCGAAGGCGAAGGCGAAGGAGAAAGCGAAGGUGAAGGUGAAGGUGAAGGUGAAGGUGAAGGUGAAGGUGAAGGUGAAGGUGAAGGUGAAGGCGAAGGCGAAGGCGAAGGCGAAGGAGAAAGCGAAGGUGAAGGUGAAGGUGAAGGUGAAGGCGAAGGAGAAGGCCAAGGAGAAGAAGAAGGCUAAGGAGAAGGAGAAGGCCAAGACGAAGGCCAAGGUGAAGGUGAAGGCCAAGGAGAAAGCGAAGGUGAUAACGGAGACAACGGAGAUAAUGGAGAUGAUGGAGAUAAUGGAGAUAAUGGUGAUAAUGGAGAUAACGGUGAUAAUGGAGAUAACGGAGAUAACGGAGAUAACGGUGAUAAUGGAGACGAAAAUAGAAAGGAAAGUAGAGCUCACAAGAAACAAAAUUUACAUUUCAGAGGAAGAAAUUGAAUCAAUAACAUUUGAUUAUUAGAUUUUCUAACAGUAAAUUUUAAAAUCAAC